AUGACAGCCCCCAAUGGUGCCAAAAAGGGAGCAGUGCGGAGGGUUGGUACCUUGCACAAGUACAAGACAGUGCAAGAAUAUGAUCACCUACCAGGACAGAAUGUCUUGCUGACUGAGCGCUACACUCAGCUGUUGAUCAUUGAGAAACACAGACAGAAAGAAGAGAGAGAGAAGGAGAUGCGCAUUAGUGGAGCAGGGUUCUUUGGUGACAGACAGAAGGAAUAUAAAAGUAUUACUGUGGACCAGCUCUUUAAACCCAAUGACCAUGGGGAUGUUCCCAAAACAGUCAUUCUCCAGGGCAACUCUGGACAUGGCAAAUCCUUUACCGCUCAGAAAAUCAUGUUGGACUGGGCUUCAGGAAGCCUCUACCAGGAUCACUUUGAGCUCGUUUUACACCUCAGCAGCAAGGAACUCAACCAUUUAUACAAAGACAGACAACAGAGUAGUGUUUUAGAUCUUGUUAAGGUUGAGGAGGAAUUUAUCCCACUGGUUCAGAAGAAAUUGAAGGAAUCACCACAGAAGGUACUUCUACUUAUUGAUGGAUUUGAUGAACUUCAGUUCACAGUAAGUGAACUCCGAAAGUCUCCUGUGAAAGAACUUUCCACACCAGCUCCUGUUGAUGCCAUUGUGGGCGCUCUGCUGAAGGGGAACAUCCUAUCUGCGUGCCACCGGCUGGUCACCACCAGGCCCACAGCUUCAGACGAACUGAACAAGCUCCUCAAACGUCCUGUGCGCUGCACUGAGAUUCUGGGCUUCUCUGAGGAGGGCGUACAUGACUACUUCAAGAUGUUCUGCAAAGAUGAGAAGUUCAAGGAGGAGGCACUAGGCAGAGUGAAGGAAGAUGAAACUCUCUACACCUCCUGCUUCAUUCCUGUCAUCUGCUGGAUUGUCUGCACUGUAUUUAGGGAGCACAUGGAAAAGCACAUAGAAGUAAGUCAUGCUUUGGAAACAACCACCUCCAUAUUUGUCCACUUUGUGAAAAAUCAGCUUGAGCACCACUGCCAGGGUUUGAAUCAUCCCGUGCCAGAUCUACUGAGGAGCCUCGGCCAGCUGGCAGAGAGUGGCUUACAGAAGCAGCAGGUUCUGUUCGACAAGGGAAGUGUGGAAGGCACAGUCUCAGAUCUCACUAGUGUUCCCUUCUUGUGUAAAUUCCUGCUGAAGGAGACCGUGGAAAAGAAGGAAAUGUUCAGUUUCAUGCAUCUGAGCUUUCAGGAGUUCUUCGCUGCACUCCACUACACAUCAGACGAGGAUCAAGAGAAUGUCAAAGAGAUGCUUGAAUUAGUUGAGCCACAGGAAGACAAAACCCAUCUCCUACCUGUCAUUCAGUUCCUCUUUGGUCUUUCAAAAGUGAAGGUGAUGCAAGAUCUGAAGAGCCUUGGAUUGACCGCCAAUCUCUCUUUGGAAGUACGUCUGAAAGAGUGGGUGGUUAACCUAAUUGGAAAUAAAGAUUCUAAGAAAGAUGCGAUGAUGCUCUUCACUCUCCACUGUCUGUAUGAGCUCCAUGAUGAGGAGUUUGUGAGGGCAGCCAUGGCAGUGUGGGAUAAGGUGAAGUUUGACUCCAUCCCUUUGACAAGAGCAGACUGCUGGGUGCUGCUGUACUGCCUGCAGUGCUGCUCCACCAUCCCAAGCCUGACACUCUCAGAGUGCAAUAUCACAGCAGAUAAAUUGAGAAUGCUGCAGCCUGCAUUGAGCAAAUGUCAGGAGCUGGGUGUGUUGAACAGCAACCUGACAGACGUGCAUGUCGUGUUGAACAGCAGCCUGUCAGAUGAGAGUGUGCAGCAGAUCCUCACUGCUGUCUCCAAGCAGAAGAGUGUGGGUAGAGUUGGCCUCACUGUGAAGACCAUCUCCCUCAUCACCGCAGAAUGCCUUCUCAACUUCAUGAAGAGCACACCUACUGCUAAGUUAGUGUGUGUGUUCUUACCUAAGGGUUCUAAUGGAGAUGGCAGUUUGUGUUCUUCUCUCAUGGUGUUCCGAAAGGAGGAAGAUCUCAUACUGGCCAUUGGUAACUAUGGAGAUACUACAUCCCCAGAGUCAGAACCCUCAGGGUUGAUACUAGCUGUCAAUCUCCCAGAGACCUCAGACACCCUGCUGCUGAAGGAACUCACCUGCAGGUUUCAACAGCUGAGACAUCUGGCCGAAAACAGUCCAGAGUAUGAUGAGCAUGUGGAUGGCCUGAUGGAGUACCUGUCCUCUGUGCCUGAUCUGAAGAGGGUGGAUCUGAGGGCAGGCUGCCUGACUGUAGUCUGGACCAUUAGAAUCCUGUCUCUCAUUCACAGCCCUCAUUUAGAGAGAGUAGGGUAAGUACCACAAUCUCAUGACAAGUAAAUGUGUUAUACAGUAGCUAAUAAAUAUAUACUACAGUAUACUAUACAGUCCCAUAAUACAGCAAAGUAUUGGGUGCCAUCACCA